AUUGUUCCUGUUCUCUUUCUUAAGUCAUUUGAAACACUGUCCCUGCGAGUUCUUUAAGUUCCCUGUAAUCUGUACACAAGAGAAAGAGGGAGAGAAAGAGGGAGAGAGACACAGAGAGCAGGGAUCAGGUAAAGGAUUGAGGCUGCUGCAGCCAUUCAGACCUCAGGAGCUGGAAAAUUGCCAAGGAUGCAGAAGGAAAUGAAGAUGAUCAAAGAUGAGGAUGUGCAUUUCAACCUGGGUGUGAAGAGGACCCCCUCCUUUCCCCACUGCCUGCAGCCAGGGGCUUCCCGAGGGAAAGCUCCCCCAAGACAUCCCUUCCCAGAAGCUCUCCGGGGACCCUUUUCCCAGUUCCGGUAUGAACCUCCUCCAGGAGAUCUAGACGGAUUCCCUGGGGUCUUCGAGGGAGGUGGGUCUCGGAAACGGAAGAGCAUGCCCACGAAGAUGCCCUACAGCCACCCUGCAGAAGAAGCCACUGUCGCCCUCCACUCUGAGGAGAGCAAAAACCACGGCCUUCCCAACCUGCCUUUGCUGUUCCCGCAGCCCCCGCGCCCCAAGUAUGACUCUCAGAUGAUCGACCUGUGCAAUGUGGGCUUCCAGUUCUACCGCAGCCUGGAGCACCUGGGGGGCAGGCCCGUCAAGCAGGAGCCCAUUAAGCCCAGCGCCGUGUGGCCGCAGCCGACACCCCCGCCGUUCCUGCCCACGCCCUUCCCCUGCUACCCCAAAGUCCACCCGGGCCUCGUGUUCCCCUUGUUCGUGCCCUCGGCCUCGCCCUUCCCCUUCAGCCGGCACACCUUCCUGCCCAAGCAGCCCCCGGAGCCUCUGCUGCCCCGCAAAGCCGAGCCCCGGGAGAGCGAGGAGACCAAGCAGAAGGUGGAGAGGGUGGACGUGAACGUCCAGAUCGACGACAGCUACUACGUGGAUGUGGGCGGCGCGCAGAAGCGCUGGCAGUGCCCCACCUGCGAGAAGUCCUACACCUCCAAGUACAACCUGGUGACGCACAUCCUGGGCCACAGCGGCAUCAAGCCGCACGCGUGCACCCGCUGCGGGAAGCUCUUCAAGCAGCUCAGCCACCUGCACACCCACAUGCUGACCCACCAGGGCACGCGGCCCCACAAAUGCCAGGUGUGCCACAAGGCCUUCACCCAGACCAGCCACCUGAAGCGCCACAUGAUGCAGCACAGCGAGGUGAAGCCGCACAACUGCCGCGUGUGCGGCCGGGGCUUCGCCUACCCCAGCGAGCUCAAGGCCCACGAGGCCAAGCACGCCAGCGGGCGGGAGAACAUCUGCGUGGAGUGCGGCCUCGACUUCCCCACCCUGGCCCAGCUGAAGAGGCACCUCACCACGCACCGCGGCCCCAUCCAGUACAACUGCUCUGAGUGCGACAAGUCCUUCCAGUACCCGAGCCAGCUGCAGAACCACAUGAUGAAGCACAAGGACAUCCGGCCCUACAUCUGCUCGGAGUGCGGCAUGGAGUUCGUGCAGCCCCACCACCUCAAGCAGCACUCCCUCACCCACAAGGGCGUAAAGGAGCACAAAUGUGGGAUCUGCGGGCGGGAAUUCACCCUGCUGGCCAACAUGAAGCGACACGUGCUAAUCCACACCAACAUCCGUGCCUACCAGUGUCACCUCUGCUACAAGAGCUUCGUACAGAAACAGACCCUCAAGGCGCACAUGAUUGUCCACUCGGAUGUGAAGCCUUUCAAAUGCAAGCUAUGUGGGAAGGAAUUCAACCGGAUGCACAACCUGAUGGGCCACAUGCACCUGCACUCAGACAGCAAACCCUUCAAGUGCCUCUACUGCCCGAGCAAAUUCACCCUGAAGGGGAACCUGACGCGCCACAUGAAGGUCAAGCACGGCGUCAUGGAGCGGGGCCUUCAUUCCCAAGGUUUGGGAAGGGGGCGGAUCGCCCUGGCGCAGACGGCCGGUGUCCUGCGCAGUCUGGAGCAGGAGGAACCCUUCGACCUGUCUCAGAAGCGCGGGGCCAAGGGCCGGGUGUUCCAGUCGGACGGGGAGAGCGCCAGGGGCAGCCCCUGCCACGAGGACGACGACGAAGACAACUGCUACGAGGUGGAGCCCUACAGCCCUGGCCUGGGCCCCCACAGACAGCAGCGCUGCGCGCCCCAGGAUCUGUGCACCAAGCCUGAGCAGGCCCCCGGGGCGCAGGGGGCAGCCUUCAAGGAGGAGGAGGAGGAGGACCUGCCCAGAGAAGAGUGGGAGAAGAGGAGCAAGGGCGACCGUGGGGUGGAGGGUUGCGCCAGCAGGGACGAGAGUCUCAGCCUCAGGGCUCUUCAGAGCACCCCGCGGGGCCCCUCUUUUUCUGAUUACUUAUACUUCAAGCACAGAGAUGGGAGUUUAAAAGAAUUACUGGAGAGGAAAAUGGAAAAACAAUCAGUGCUUUUAGGUAUCUAAGUGAACAGCUUUAAGAUUACAUUUGGAAAAUGAGAGCUAGGCAGUUCAAAUAUAGCUUUCUGCAUGAACUGUCAUUUGCUGGGGGCUGGCGGGUAGUGCCAAUCUUCACAAAUGGCUCAGACUAAAUGAGCAGGGACCAUCCUAGGCAAUGCAAAUGCUUCUCAGGUCAUUCACUGGGCCCUUGCUACUGCUAACACACAUGCAGGGGCUUCUGCGGUGUCAUUUUAUGGAGUAUAAAGAACUGUGCAUAGUCUUCUAGAUAUCUCAUUGUAAGCUGAUGCUGAGGUGCUUUACAAAUUCUAUUUUCCUUUGACUAAUAUGCAAUACAUGAUAAAUUUCUAGUUGCAAAAAAUGGUGCUUGCCUAUUUACCUAUUAAUAACUAUUUAGUUGAAUUAGUGAAAGCGAUAAUAUUUUUCCUGAUAGAUGAAAAUAUUAGUAGUUGUAUAUAUAAAAAUAGCUUUUAUUAAAUAACCAAAAAUACCAGAAAUGACCCAGGAAGAUGAGCUAUUAAAGAGGAUGUUUUCAAGUAGUUGCUGUAGUUAGAUAAAAUUUCAGGAGAAGAUGAAUAAUUUUGACUUCUGGAAUACCAGCCAUAUUUAGAUUCCACCUGGAAUACUUAGAUUCUCUUGUUCUGCUUCAGCUACCCUCGUGGGGUGAGGCAUUUGGAGCGUAUUUUCAGAUGCCCCGACAGUUCUCAGGGGCCCUGGCUCCCCAGAUCACCCCCGUGUCCCGAGCAGAGCUCCCCCCCAGAGACCAUGGUCACCAGGCUCUGAAGCCUCAUGUCCCAUAAGACAGCUGCA